UAUAAAAAAGGCCACUCUCUUCACUCGACUACCUUCACCAGCAAUCACAUGGCGGAAGACUCAGACGCCCGCAGUGCCCUUCUCGACGGCAACCAGCUGAUCGCAAAGUCGCUGGCCCGUUUCGGUGUCCACCACAUGUUCGGCGUGGUGGGAAUCCCCGUCACCUCCCUAGCCAACCGCGCUGUCCAGCUCGGUGUCCGAUUCCUCGCCUUCCAUAACGAGCAGUCCGCCGGUUACGCCGCCUCCGCCUACGGCUACCUAACCGGCCGCCCCGGCGUCCUCCUCACCGUCUCCGGCCCCGGCUGCGUCCACGGGCUUGCGGGCCUCGCCAACGCCAUGGCCAACGGGUGGCCCAUGGUCAUGAUCUCCGGCUCCUGCGACCAGAGGGACUUCGGCCGCGGCGAUUUCCAAGAGCUGGAUCAGAUCGCCGCCGUGGGACCCUUUUCUAAAUUCUCUGUUAAGGCCGAGGGCAUCAGUGAGAUACCCGACUGCGUGUUUCAGGCUCUUUCUCAGGCCGGCUCGGGCCGACCCGGCGGCUGUUAUUUGGAUUUCCCGGCGGAUGUUUUACAUCAGACCAUUUCCGAUUCGGAGGCUGAUGGCCUACUGAACAGUGCUGCAGAUAGGUUCCGGCAGCCGCCUCUUGUUGUUGGUGUUGUCAGUUCGCAGAUUGAGGAAGCGGCCUUGCUGCUGCGACAGGCGGAGAGGCCUCUGAUUGUGUUUGGUAAAGGAGCGGCGUAUUCUCGAGCUGAGAGUGCCCUGAAGAGGCUGGUGGAGACCACCGGAAUCCCAUUCCUGCCUACUCCUAUGGGAAAGGGUUUGCUGCCCGACACUCACGACCUGGCGGCAACUGCGGCGAGGUCGCUGGCCAUCGGCAAAUGUGACGUGGCGCUUGUGGUUGGGGCGAGGCUUAACUGGCUCUUGCACUUUGGUGAGCCACCCAAGUGGUCGAAAGACGUCAAGUUCAUUUUGGUUGAUGUUUGCGGGGAAGAGAUUGAGAUGAGAAAGCCUCAUCUGGGUUUGGUUGGUGAUGCCAAGCUGGUCUUGGAGAAAUUGAAUAAGCAGAUUAAAGAUGACCCCUUUUGUUUGGGGAGGUCUCAUCCAUGGGUUGAAGCAAUUUCCCGCAAGGCUAAGGAGAAUGUUUUAAAAAUGGAAGCACAAUUGGCUAAGGAAGUUGUGCCGUUUAAUUUCCUAACACCAAUGAAAAUUAUUAGAGACGCAAUUUGCGCACUGGGUAGUCCGGCUCCUAUAUUGGUUUCUGAAGGCGCAAACACCAUGGAUGUUGGCCGAGCUGUACUGGUUCAGACUGAACCCAGGACCAGAUUGGAUGCAGGGACUUGGGGGACCAUGGGGGUCGGUCUUGGUUACUGCAUUGCAGCUGCUGUGGCUUCACCUGACCGGCUUGUGGUUGCCGUGGAAGGAGAUUCUGGAUUUGGGUUUAGUGCAAUGGAAGUUGAGACAUUGGUUCGAUACCAGUUGCCUGUUGUUGUUAUUGUUUUCAACAAUGGUGGUGUAUAUGGUGGUGACCGAAGAAGGCCAGAUGAAAUCAAUGGGCCUUACAAAGACGACCCUGCUCCCACUUCUUUUGUCCCCAAUGCCGCUUAUCACACAUUAAUUGAAGCUUUUGGAGGUAAAGGUUAUCUCGUGAGCACACCUGAGGAACUCAAGUCUACCCUUGCAGAAUCCUUUGCAGCAAGAAAACCAGCUGUUGUUAAUGUAAUAAUUGAUCCUUACGCUGGUUCGGAAAGUGGGAGACUUCAACACAAAAACUGAUGCAGCUGCAUCUUUUUGUGCUCAUCUCUGCGUGUAAAGUAUGUGAUCUGUAUCAAUAAAACAAACUGGUUUGAGCUUGGUGCCUUUUGAAUUAAUUAUGUAAUUUGGUAUUGCAAAUUAUCGCUACAAAGAAUUCAA